AUGUCAGAAACUCUGAUAACAGGGCAGACAUCGGAGGAUCUGUUGGCCGACUUUGAGACUCUGCUGAACUCUGGCAGCAUUGACCUGGGCGAGGACCAUCAGAUAGUGAUCAUCACCAGCCCCAGCAAUGAGGGACUCCACCCGGCCGUGGCCCCCACCAGCACAGGGGAAAUCCUGCUGUUUGCCACACCCCAGGGCCCCGCUGACGUGGGCAUCCAGGACAAGAGACGACCGGCUCUGGGAAGACCUCCGGUGAAGAGAAAGUUGGACCUGGAUAGUGACCAUCAGUAUGUCAGCACCACUCGACCGUCCGUGGGCCAAGCACCACCCUCCACACCUGCCCCUCCCAGAGUUCCUAGAACCACCACAGAGAAGUCACGGUAUGACACGUCGUUGAACCUGACCACCAAACGCUUCCUCAGCCUGUUGUCCCAGUCAGCUGACGGCGUGGUGGAUCUGAACUGGGCCUCGCAGGUCCUGGACGUGCAGAAGAGACGCAUCUACGACAUAACCAACGUCCUGGAGGGAAUACAGCUCAUCUCCAAGAAGUCCAAGAACAAUAUCCAGUGGCUUGGUAAUCGAAUUGAUGCAGCAUUGGUUUCCCGCCACAAGGAGUUGCAGAGGGAGGUGUGUGACCUCACAGAGGCUGAGGAGCAGCUGGACGAGCUCAUUUCCAAAUGCAACCUGCAGCUCCGACUUGUCACAGAGGACCCGCAGAACAAGAAGCUGGGUUAUGUGCGCUGCCAGGACCUGAGGAAGUCAUUUGAUUCCCCGGACCAGCUGGUGAUGGUGAUCAGAGCUCCACCAGAGACCCAGAUGCAAGUUUCAGAACCCAGCGAGGGUUACCAGGUGUCGCUGAGAAGCACGCGGGGUCCAAUCGAUGUCUUCCUCUGUCCAGAAGACAGCUCCGGCGUCUGCAGCCCCAUGACGGGCAGCAGUCCCUCGAAACCCGCCUCUGCUGACCCCUCCCUGGUCCCACCUCCCACACAACCCACGGACCAAUCGCAAGCCAAAACCUCCACGACCCCCCUGGAGGUGGGUUUAUCAUCCCCAGCGUCGACAUCGUCCACAGUGACGGCAGCCUCCCAGCAGGAGCCCUCAUCACUGGUGUUAGGCGGUUACACAGAAUCGCUUCUGGGAGGCGAUCCCUUCUCCGGCCUCGGGGACAUGCCAGACUUUGACCUCUCACCCCUCUCCUCCUCGGACUUCCUGAACGGAGAAGGCCUCCAUCUCCCAUUGGACGGUUUCAUCAACCUGUCCCCCCCCCACAGUCACGACUACCACUUUGGACUGGAGGACCACGAAGGCAUCAGCGAACUGUUCGACUGUGACUUUGGCGACCUGUCGCAAGUUUUGGGCGACAGUUAG